AUGGUUUUGCUCCAUCCUCUGCGCGGCGAGUUUCUUGCUUCGCUCGUGCUGCUCGUGCUUUUAGCAUCAUUUGUUGUGACCAAAGUUUGGAGGGUAACAUCUUCCUCUGAGGUAGUGGAAGAACCUGCCGAUGGAGGGACCACAGAAGGAUCUAUGGGAGAACAACGGGAACUGCAGGAGAGCAACAAUGACCAUGAGGGAUUCAAGGAUUAUGCAUCUCUGCACCUACGAUACACCAACUGGCAGUUCCAUCAUUUGAAAGAAAAUCUUCAAGGUAAAGAUGUUUACAAUGACACAAAAACCUUUCAAAGGUAUCAUGGUCCUAAAGGGCUUUCUCCAAGGGAAGCACGGUGCGUUCCAGGCCCUGAUGAGAGAUUUAAGACCUGUGACACAGUCUGAAGCUCUCCUGGCAUACUCUGAAGCUCUCCUGGCACCAUCCCCUUUAUCCUUCACAGGUGUUUCUCCUAGUAAGUUUCUUGUAUGUCUCAUCCCAUCUGGG